AUGAUGAACCUACAAUUGGUCACGAGGAACUUGCUAUCCUCCAGUAAGGCCUUCAAGAAAACCGGUUUAUUUUCGCGAAGCUUCCAUGUAAAUGCCCAAAGAAACUUGCAAAACAUUAUCCAAUCACAAAGAUGCGUAAAGACCUCAUUGACCAUCAACUCCAAACUACUCUCCACGAAAUUCCACACCAAGACCAAAGUGGCCAAUUCCCAAAAGCCAGGGAUCCCAAAAGAUCCCAAGGAAAUCAAACCGGUGGUGGUUAAAAAUUCAUCGCUGCUUCCUUCGUCGUUAUCGGUUCCCCAACUUAAUAUCAUCAAACAACUUUUAUCAAAAUUGUGGCCAAAGGGCAACACCAACGCCAAAAUUAGGGUGGUGGUUGCCUUGUCGAUGUUGAUAUUGUCCAAGCUUUUGAACGUCCAGGUGCCAUUUUUCUUUAAAUCGAUCAUUGAUUCCAUGAACAUUGAUUGGCUUAACGAAAUCGGCACGGUCACCACGAUUGCUGGUGGGUUGAUUCUCGCUUAUGGUAGCGCCAGAUUCGGGGCGGUAUUAUUUGGGGAGUUAAGAAAUGCCGUAUUUGCCAGAGUUGCUCAAACUGCCAUCAAAAAGAUUGCCAAUGACACUUUUACCCAUUUAUUGAACCUUGAUUUGAGUUUCCACUUGUCGAAGCAAACCGGUGGAUUGACCAGAGCUAUCGAUAGAGGUACCAAAGGGAUUUCGUACGUAUUAACCGCCAUGGUUUUCCAUAUAUUGCCAAUCUCCUUUGAAAUCUCCAUGGUAUGUGGGAUCUUGACUUACAAUUAUGGGUUCAAGUUUGCUACCGUUACUUUGCUUACCAUGUUGGCGUAUUCGAUUUUCACCAUUAAAACUACUACUUGGAGAACUGGGUUCCGUAGAAAAGCUAAUAAGGCCGAUAAUCAAGCGGCAAGUGUUGCUUUGGACUCAUUGAUCAAUUAUGAGGCCGUGAAAUAUUUCAAUAAUGAAGCGUUCCAAGUAUCGAAAUACAAUGCCGCAUUGACAAAAUACCAAGAUGCCCAAAUUAAAGUGGCCACUUCUUUGGCAUUUUUGAACUCUGGUCAGAAUUUUAUUUUCACCAGUGCCUUAACCGCAAUGAUGUAUAUGGCAUGUAAUGGUGUUGCUAAUGGUUCGUUAACUGUGGGGGACUUGGUGUUAAUUAAUCAGUUAGUUUUCCAAUUGUCGGUGCCAUUGAAUUUCUUAGGUUCGGUUUACAGAGAAUUGAAGCAAUCAUUGUUGGAUAUGGAAACGUUGUUCAAAUUAAACAACAAUGAAGUGAAGAUUAAGAAUUUGCCAGAUGCCAAACCGUUGGCCCUUGGAGGUGCUGCAGAAAUCAGGUUUGAAAAUGUCAGUUUCAGUUAUGUGCCAACUAGAAAGAUUUUGGAUAAUGUAUCAUUCACGAUUCCUGCUGGGGAAAAAGUUGCUAUUGUCGGACCAAGUGGUAGUGGGAAAUCCACGAUCUUGAAAUUGAUUUUCAGAUUUUAUGAUUUAGAUCAAGGGAGAAUUUUGAUCAAUGGGCAAGAUAUCAAACAUCUCACUUUGGAAUCCCUUAGAAAAUCCAUUGGAGUGGUUCCUCAAGACACCCCAUUAUUCAACGAUACCAUCUUGGAGAAUAUCAGAUAUGGGAGACUUGAUGCUAGCGAUGAUGAAAUUAAGCAUAUCAUCAACAAAGUGAAACUUAAUAACCUAAUUGAGGACUCUCCAGAAGGUUUGAACACCAUUGUUGGGGAGCGGGGUAUGAUGAUUUCUGGAGGGGAAAAGCAAAGAUUAGCCAUUGCCAGAUUAUUGCUUAAGAGAGCACCAAUUGCGUUUUUCGAUGAAGCCACUUCUGCUCUUGACACCCAUACUGAACAGGCACUUUUGAAAGAAAUCAAGGCCAUGUUCCAUAAUGACAAAGCCGAACUUAAAGACAUCACCAGUGUGUCUAUUGCUCACAGAUUGAGAACCAUUGCGGACAGCGACAAGAUCAUUGUCUUGGAAAGAGGCCAGUUGAAGGAAGAAGGUACUCAUUUUGAAUUAUUGGCUAAGGAAAAGUCCUUGUAUAAGGACUUGUGGAAUAUUCAAGAAAACUUAGAUAUGGAAGAGGAAUUAUUGGAACAAGAAAGGAAGAGAAUCGAAGCCAAAAAGGCUAGCUUAAAAAUGGAAGCUACUGAACAGUAA